AUGCCAAUUCGUCCAAAACCAAUUCGAGACAUCAUGUGCAUUCUGUUUUCAAUUUAUUACCUAAUAUUUGCUGAUCAAGCGGACGAAAAGACUAGACGAAUACGUGCUACAAUUACUGUCGAACAUCUUCGUACAUCAUGGGAAAAAGCUCUAAACCCUUAUUUACGCGCGUUAAUAAGGCUUACACAUCCACAUGUGACUAUUCAUCAAAAAAAAAUUAUGAUUCCUCGACCUGAAAAUAGUCAAUAUUGUUCAAGAAUGGUUACUGGUUAUAUAUAUUACGAUGGUCCUUUAGAAUCAUUCAAAUAUUCUGACACUUUAAUACUCAAUUUCCCUGGUGGUGGUUUCAUUGCCAUGCCUCCUCCAUGUCAUGAAGACUAUUUAGCUCAGUGGGCUAAAACGACUCAAGUACCUAUUUUAAGUAUUGACUAUGGGAAAGCUCCUGAAUAUCCUUAUCCUUAUGCCCUAGAAGAAUGUUUUGAUGUUUACCGAAGCGUAAUUGAAAGUAAUGGUGAAGUAAUUGGAAUGGCUGGUUGGAAAGAUAAGGAUGUUAUGUUUAAAAUUCUUGAAUCCCAAAUGCCUAUUCCCCACCCUAAUGGUUUGAUUCUCAUUUAUCCGUGCCUUAAUUUUGAUAUUACUUGUUGGAUGCCACCAACUCAGCUUUCGGUUAUUAGAGCUGAAUCUUCGACUUCGAUUCCAGGAGUACUUGAAUCUAAAGACCAUCUGAGUCAUAAGAGCCCUCUAUCUGUUGUUCCAGAUGUUAAGAGAAAAAGAUGGAGAAAGAGUUUUUCAAGGUCGACAGACGAUGAAAGAACAAUAGAAGAACGUGUCCAGGUGAUUGAAGGUCAUAAUGUCACUGGAUCUAAUGAAAAACGUUUACGUCCGGUUAUUGGAACUCGCUUAACAAUGACCA